AGACUAAUGUAAUUGCUUUCCCGAAACGCUCCAGACAUAAGCGUUGACAUCUGAACGGAAUAUUAUUGCCACAAAAUUGCUACAAUUUUUGAUUCUUUUUGCAGCCUGAUACUUUAGAGUUGAAACGAUAAAUACUUACCGUAUCUUCGUAGUUGAUCUGGAACUCAUUUGAAAGAAAUUGAAGGACACGCUUUUUUUUCUGGGGCAUCUGUGCAACCUGUGUAUUGUUUGAUGUCUCUGCAUCUGAUGAGUGGCCAUGAGCAGCCGUCAACGCCACAGCUCCAACUCCGGUAGCCAAUCAGAUGACAGCUCCGCCUCCGGCUCUAGUUACAGCUCCUCUUCGGCAUCGGGCUCCCCAGGUGCCCAAGUCCCCAAGGCCUACGCUCGCUUUGAGAAUGACAGCCAGCAGGUCCAGACUCUCGUCGAUCAGGUUAAGGAGAAGAUUUAUCGCAAGCGGCCUUAUUCCGUCUCCCUGAGCAGCCGCAGCGAAUCCGAUUCUGAGCCGGAAGGGAAAAUACCAAAAUCCUACUCGAAGUCCCAAGAAAGCCGUAGAGAUGGAAAGACAGCCAAGAAAAGAUCAAGAAUGCCCUCUGAAUCGAGUAGCAGCAGAAGUAGUAGCAGUGAGUCCUCAAGCUCUUCAAGUUCUAGUGACUCGGAGGACUCAGAUUCUCUGAAGAAACAGCAAAGAACAGUUCACCCACCAGCGAGGUCAAAGGAGCAACAGUCCAGACAGAAGUCCAACAGUCAUGGGAAGAACUCCACACGGCAUGGCUCUGAAGAUCAAGAACGGCAGUCUCAUCGGGAUGGAAACCACAGGGGGGAAGCUUGGAGUCCUGAGGAGGAUGGGCGGCAGAGGAGAAGAAACGAGGAUGGACACAGGCAUUCAGAUGCGGUCAGAAAAUCAAACCAGAGAGAAACUCAUAACGUCGAAUCCAAAUCUCGACGGCAUGAAGAGCCGGUCGAAUCUAGGUCUCGACGGCAUGAAGAGCCGGUCGAAUCUAGGUCUCGACGGCAUGAAGAGCUGGUCGAAUCUAGGUCUCGACGGCAUGAAGAGCCCAUGGAGGAGAAACGAUACUCCAGACCCAGUGAUCAUGGACGGCCCAGAGCACAACAGGAUCACAGAAAAGAUCAGUCCAACCAGUCGGGUGUGAGACAACGGAACAACCAUGAUGAAAGGCACAGUGAACGAGAUGGAAGGCAUAAUGAUCGCGUGCGAGAACCUUCAAGGGAGGAACGUGUGCACGAUGAGAGAUCCGUAACCAAACGAAGGGAGGAGGAUUAUACCAGAGGUGGUAGAGUGCCAAAUGAACCAUCUAGACACCUUUCGAGGGAGGAAAAAUCACAAUCCAGGAGCAAAUCGGAAUCCAGUAAGGAGCUGGAUUACAGGAGGGACAGGGAUCGACGAGACUUAUCAAGGACAGGGAAAGAUGAGGAAAGUUUGAGGCUGGCAGAGACGAGCUCACGAUCCCAAAGCAAGACUGGGUCCAGCAGCAGGGAGAAGGAGCGACAGAAGGAACAUGAGAGGCAGGAAGCCACCAAGACAGGGGUGGGCCGAGAGUACUUCAGUAAUGAGCGGGGAUGCUGGGAGUGGGAACCUCUCAAUGCACCGGAACAGAGGGCAUCAUCCAAACGAUCAGGGGCUCGGGCUAUGUCUCCAGAGCACCAUCACAGCAGCCGCGACCGAACAGAAAGCAGCAGUCGACAUUCAGCAAAAGGUGACGAUCAAGUCGCCGAGAGCAACAGUCACAGGCGAGAGAGCUCCCAUGCCGAUCACUCCAACUCAAGGAAGAGGCAACGUCCUGCAUCACCACCAAAGGCAAAAUCGGCCGAUUCUGACAAAAAGAGGAAAAAGAAGAAGCGGAGAGGGAAGGAUGCGGAGAGACAAAAGGCCAGGCUGAAGGAGAAGAAAAAGAGACGGAAAGAGCGGGCCGAGAAGAGAAAAGCCAAGAAGAAAGAGAAGGAAAGACGAGAGAGGAGCAGCAAACGAAGCAAAGAAGAGAGGAGGGGAAGAGAAAGGAAAGAGAAGAGAGAUAGCAAGCCGAUUGGGCCUCAGAUCUCAAGCAUCCAGGCCAAGCUCCUCAAUAUGGCAUCAGGAGGUGAUGAGCCUGCUCCCCCAUCACGCUCCAUGGCUCCGAUGACAAAGCAGGAGCAUGAACGUCACCAGGGCAGGACGAGGCGUGUGUACGACGAAGAUACAGGCCGGCAUAGGCUUGUGCGGGGCGAUGGAGAAAUAAUGGAAGAAAUCGUCAGUCGAGACCGACAUCGACAGAUAAACAAGCAAGCAACCAGAGGGGACGGCUUGUCUUUCCAAAGGAGCCUCGGUCUUCGCAGGUACUAGGAAGAGGUCAAUGUGCUUUGGAGGUCAUCGCACAUGCUCCGUGAGGGUGAAAUAACGUUGUAUUUAAUGUGAUCAAAUUUUUCACACGAAAUUUGGUUUUUCACCAAAAUCAAGUCUAAUAUGUGCAAAUGAAAUGCAAUCCUCUUUUUUUUUUCAUCGCCAGGAUUUAUUGCAUCUUAAUAGUGAUUUGAGAUAUUAAGUGAAUUCACUGAAAGCUUGUGCUAAUUUGAAUAUUUUAAAGCAUUUCUUACAAAAUUGAAUAGCAAUUAUUGCUUUUUUUUUGUAGAAGACCUGUUCAAAAGUUGUAAUAUUCCUUGCCCCGCAGUAUUCCUUUUUUGUAUAUAUAAUUUCAUUGGUUCAUGGGAACACUGCAACAUUUUCAUUGUAACUUCAAAAACAAUUCCUUUGAAAUACACAUGACCUCAAGUUUCUUCUGUUCAUUUGAACAUGUGAAAGAAUUUUGUUUGUAUUGGAAGACCAAUCGUGGUUUCUGGAGGAACAGAUAUUCAUGUAUUUGACUUGAAGUGAAGAAAAAUUACUGGAAAUUUGCAUAACCAUAAAUGCAGAUUUGUGGCAGAAGAAUGUACUUGUGUUGUCAAAAUUAGGCCUUUUGAGUAAACAUACAAAAUUUAGUCCACACAAAUUUUGUUUGUUAAAUUGUUCGUUUAGAAGUUACAAUUGAGUGUUCCAGCAAAUAUUUUCUCGCAGAAACUGCUUUCCGGUUUUCGAAAUUGACUCGUAUGUACAUUUUUCUGCAGUUACACUUUGCAUGUAAUCAUCCGUCCCUUUGUGUAGGCAUGGUACCACACACAUACAUGUAUGCAUUCUGAAGCAUUGUAAAUUAAACCUGGGGGAUCAAUAUUCACAGACGAAAACAC